AUGAAAAUUCUCCUGGCUAAGCUGCCGAGGCCUUGGAUAGUCGACGAGAAAAAAGACGAUGGUUACACGGCUCUUCACUUGGCAGCACUAAACAAUCAUGUCGAAGUCGCCGAGCAGCUAGUCCUUAACGGAAAAGCCAAUAUGGACCUUCAGAAUGUUAAUUUACAAACCGCCCUACAUCUCGCCGUAGAAAGGCAGCACACGCAAAUAGUUAGACUUCUGGUGAGGGAAGGUGCCAAUCUGAAUAUCGCCGACAAGGACGGCGAUACGCCCUUGCACGAGGCGUUGCGUCACCACACCAUUUCGCAGCUCCGCCAACUCCAAGAUGUGCAAGAUGUCGGAAAACUGCUGAUGGGAUUAGGAGCGCAGGGAUCCGACAAAAAAUCCUCGGCGAGCAUCGCCUGUUAUUUGGCGGGAAACGGGGCAGAUUUGACUAUUAAGAAUAAAAAGGGCCAGACGCCUUUGGAUCUCUGUCCCGAUCCGAAUUUGUGCAGAACGUUGGCGAAAUGCCACAAGGAGAAGCAAAGCGGGGAGAUGGACAUGGGGCCUCAUCAAAAUACUCAAAACGUACAAAUCGGCGCCUCCUACGAGGAAUGCCACGUGUGUUCGGACGCCAAAAAGAACACUUUAUUCCUGCCCUGCGCCCACGUUACCUGCUGCUCCAGCUGCGCGCCUCGAGUGAAGAAAUGCCUCAUUUGCAGGGAAUCCAUCACUCAACGAAUCAAGAUCGAAGAGUGCCUCGUUUGCUCGGACAAGAAGGCUUCGGUGCUGUUCAAGCCGUGCGAUCACGUUUGCGUGUGCGUCCACUGUUCGCAGAUCGUGAAGAAAUGCCUGAAGUGCCGGUCGCCGAUCGAGCAAAUGGUGUCGACGCUGUGCGGCGGGACGCUGCCGACGAUCACGGAAAUCGAGGCGGACGUCGAGAGCAUCGCGAAGCCGUCGACCAGCGAAACGUCGGCCAACAUGCAGGCGCCGUUGAUGAACAACGGCGGUCGGGAUACGACUAAUACCAACGAUAUUCAAAAAUUGCAGCAGCAGCUGCAGGAUAUUAAGGAGCAGACGAUGUGCCCGGUGUGCCUGGAUAGGCUGAAGAAUAUGAUCUUCCUGUGCGGUCAUGGGCUUUGCCAAAUGUGCGGAGACCAAAUGAAGGAAUGUCCGAUUUGUAGGAAAGCUGUUGAAAAAAGGAUUUUGUUGUAUUAG